AGCUCGGAAAGACGGCAUUGGGGCAGUAUGGGUUGGCACCCCUAACUGCAUCUCCCCUAGGAGAGCAUCCCGCAACACGCUACAAAGAACCACAAAGAGCAAUACCCCCAGGGAUGCCCGAGAGGGGGGGAGGAUGAGCAUCCCAUUCGGACGGUCCAAUCGGUAUUGACCCCAGCAAACGGAGAAUCGACAAUGAAUGCAGUCUGUGUGUGUGGCAAGGUAUGUAAGAACCAGAGAGGUUUAAGAAUCCACCAAACAAAGAUGGCCUGCUUAAGGAGGGUGCAGGCGGAGCACCGCUCAGGGGCUGUGGCAACCACUGUAGAACCAGUGUUGUCAGCAUCAGCCCCUGGUCAGACGGAGGAGGAUCCAGGCCCGGAAGCUCCCCACAGUGCCCAGAACCUCCGCGCAACGUCUGCCCCUCCACAAGGCAGGAAGUCAGAUCAUCACCGAGUGAAGUGGCCAGCCGCAAACUCCAAGGAGUGGUCGCAGUUUGACGAGGACGUUGACAUGAUCUUGGAGUCGGUGUCAAGAGGUAGUACAGACCAAAAGCUUCAGUCCAUGUGCACAGUCAUUAUGUCCAUGGGGGCAGAACGAUUUGGCACGAUUGGGAAGAGGAAACCGACAGACACAAUGAAGCCAAAUCGCCGGGAAGUAAAGAUCCGUCAACUGAGGCAGGAGCUAAAGUCGUUGAGGCGGAGCUUUAAGGCGAGUACGUCGGGAGAGGAGAGAGCUGCUCUUGCAGAGCUCACACACCACCUUAGGGAGAAGCUUAGGACCCUCAGAAGGGCAGAGUGGCACAAGAAGAAGGGUAAAGAAAGAGCCCGGAAGCGCAGUGCUUUCAUCACCAACCCUUUCGGCUUCACCAAGCGACUCCUAGGGCAGAAGAGGAGUGGGAACCUGACCUGCCCAGUCGAGGAGAUCAACCUCCACCUCAGCAAUACCUUCAGUGAUGCCUCAAGAGAUGUGGAUCUUGGUCCUUGCCCUUUGCUGGUGACUUCACCUGAGCCGGAAGUGCACUUUGACAUCUCUGAACCAACUUUGAAGGAGGUCAGAGAGACAGUCAAGGCGGCGAGGUCCAGUUCGGCGCCAGGUCCCAGUGGCGUGGUAUACAAGGUCUACAAACAUUGCCCACGGCUUGUGGUGCGCCUCUGGAGGAUCCUAAAGGUGGUCUGGCGCAGAGGUAAAGUGGCGGCUGAUUGGAGGCAAGCCGAGGGGGUUUGGAUCCCAAAGGAAGAGGAGUCAAGUAAGGUAGACCAGUUCCGCUUAAUUUCUCUGCUCAGUGUUGAGGGAAAGAUCUUCUUCAAGAUUGUGGCCCAGCGUCUAAUAAAGUACCUUCUGGACAACCAGUAUAUUGACACAUCUGUGCAGAAGGGGGGAGUUCCUGGUGUCCCAGGAUGUCUUGAACACACGGGCGUAGUGACCCAGCUCAUCCGGGAGGCUAAGGAGAACAGAGGGGACUUGGCAGUCUUGUGGCUGGAUCUCGCGAAUGCGUAUGGUUCUAUCCCCCACAAGCUUGUGGAAACAGCACUGACCAGACACCAUGUUCCAGAGUCAAUUCAGAACCUCAUCUUAGAUUACUACAGCAACUUCUGGCUAAGAGCUGGCUCCAGUACAGCAACUUCAGCAUGGCAACGGUUAGAGAAGGGCAUCAUUACUGGAUGUACGAUUUCAGUGCCCCUCUUUGCACUAGCGAUGAACAUGAUUGUUAAAGGAGCGGAAGCAGGAUGUAGGGGUCCCGUGUCUAGGUCUGGAACCAGGCAGCCGCCGAUUCGAGCCUUCAUGGACGAUCUGACGGUGAUGACUGCAACAGUCCCGGUGUGUAGAUGGCUCCUACAGGGAUUAGAGCGUCUCAUUACAUGGGCACGGAUGAGUUUCAAGCCGGCCAAGUCAAGAUCUCUUGUCCUGAAGAAGGGGAAGGUAGCUGAAAGGUUCCGUUUCACCCUGGGAGGCACUCAGAUUCCCACAGUGUCAGAGAAACCAGUCAAGAGUCUGGGCAAGGUGUUCACCAGCUCUCAAGACACCGCUUCAGUUCAGCAGACUAGGAGUGACCUGACAACGUGGCUCGAGGGAAUUGACAAGACAGGGCUACCUGGUAGCUUCAAGGCCUGGAUGUUCCAGCAUGGAUCUUGCCAAGGUACUCUGCCUCUUCUGUGUACGAGGUUUCCUUCGCAAUGGUUGGGGCUCCCGAGGUCCUUAAGCAACAUUGCCCUGUACGGUAGAUCCACCAAGCUGCAGCUUCCCUUGAGUGGCCUGACUGAAGAGUUCAAGGUUACCCGUGCAAGAGAAGUGUUGAUGUACCGGGACUCCUCAGACUCCAAGGUUUCUUCAGCCGGCGUCCAUGUCAGGACUGGAAGAAAAUGGAAGGCACAGGAAGCAGUGGAUCAGGCAGAGGCAAGGUUGAGACACAGUGUCCUCGUGGGGUCCGUGGCAGUAGGACGGGCAGGACUGGGCAGCUGCCCAAAGCCUCGGUACGACAAAGUCAGCGGGAAGGAGAAGCGUCUACUGAUCCAGGAUGAGAUAAGGGCUGGGGAAGAGGAGGAUCGGCGAUGCAGGAUGGUAGGCAUGCGCAAGCAAGGUGCGUGGACUAGGUGGGAACAUGCUGACUCCCGCAAGGUCACAUGGCCAGAGUUGUGCAGAGCUGAGCCUUCUCGGAUCAAAUUUCUCAUCUCUUCAGUGUACGACGUGCUUCCAAGUCCAGCUAACUUGCAUGUCUGGGGCUUGGCAGAGACCCCCUCAUGCCAACUCUGUCAGAGGAGAGGUACCCUUGAACACAUUCUCAGUUGUUGUCCGAAAGCACUAGGGGAAGGGAGGUACCGCUGGCGGCAUGACCAGGUUCUUAGGGUGUUGGCAGACACAGUUAGCAACGCCAUCCAGAGUAGCAGGAGUCAGCAACCCCCCAAGAAGUCAAUUGUCUUUGUCAGGGCCGGAGAGAAAACCCGACAUCAACCCACUUCCGCAGGUGGGCUUCUCUCCACUGCUAGAGAUUGGCAGCUUCUAGUCGACCUUGGGAGACAGCUCAAGUUUCCAGAACACAUUGUAGCCACGUCACUUCGCCCGGACAUGGUACUCGUGUCAGAAUCCACCAGACAAGUGGUUCUGCUGGAGCUAACUGUUCCCUGGGAGGAGCGGAUAAGCGAAGCCAACGAGCGGAAGAGGGCGAAGUAUGCCGAACUGGUAGUACAAAGCCAGAGUAAUGGGUGGAGAGCCCGGUGUGUACCAGUGGAGGUUGGUUGCCGGGGUUUUGCAGGGCAGUCUUUGGCUUAUGUGUUAAAACUCCUUGGAGUAAGAGGUUUCCGUCUUCGGAAAUCCAUCAGGGAUAUUCUAGAGGCUGCGGAGAAAGCCUCACGUUGGUUGUGGUUCCGUAGGGGGGAACCGUGGAAGCCACACGGACACAGGUCGGGGAAUGAUCAACCUCGGCUGGGUCGCCCGGGCGAGGGUGUAUGGUGAUUAAAGACCCGAAACACCCAAUGACCCCGGGUUCAUCACUGAUGAUGUGUCCCUGUUCGCACUACCAGAGUGUAUUCUA